AUGGAGAAAUUUCAGAAUAACAUGCGCAAACGGCUUUAUAGCUUGCCGCAAAAUAUUGGGCAAAAGCCCUGCGUGGUGUACGAAGGAGACAACGGCGACAAGGACAUGAAGAGGAAAAGUAUUGGUCUGAAACACAUGCCCUCUCGGUCUCCCGCAAGCAGUUGCAAAAGCAACCAAGAGACCACAAGUGUAGACAUGGAGACAGACGUCAGUGUGAGGGCCAACCUGAAUGGAGACUGUCGCUUUUUCAGAGCGAGCAUCUCUUCAAUCUCUGGACGGCACCCCCUCGGACCCGAUCCGGCAGAGCACCGGCGCCUCAUCCCAGAAGCAGACGCCAGCCUCACCGAGGGCUUACCGGGGGAUCACGGCCCCUGGACCCAUGGGCAAGAGGCAUUGGGGGACCCGGUUGCAACGCCGGGUUCGUCGUCUGUAUUUGACCAGACGUGUUUCAUCAAGUUGGAGGGGUCCGAGCAAAACAUCGCCGCCGAGGACGAAAGGUUGUACCAAGCCGGCUUCAUGCACCGGCAGUUCGGAGCGAUGCUCCAACCGGGAGUCAACAAGUUCUCCCUGCGCAUGUUGGGGAGCGAGCGGGCCGUGGAGCACGAGAGAGAACGCGUAAAGUCUGCUGGGUUCUGGAUAAUCCACCCCUACAGUGAUUUUAGGUUCUACUGGGACCUGAUCAUGCUGCUGCUGAUGGUGGGCAACCUGAUCAUCAUCCCCGUGGGCAUCACCUUCUUCAAGGACGAGCACACGCCCCCCUGGAUCGUCUUCAACGUGGUGUCGGACACCUUCUUCCUCCUGGACCUGGUGCUCAACUUCCGCACGGGCAUCGUGAAGGAGGACAACACGGAGAUCAUCCUGGACCCGCAGAAGAUCAAGAUCAAGUACCUGAAGAGCUGGUUCGUGGUGGACUUUGUCUCCUCCAUCCCCGUCGACUACAUCUUCCUCAUCGUGGAGACGCGCAUCGACUCGGACUUCUACAAGACGGCCCGGGCGCUGCGCAUCGUCCGCUUCACCAAGAUCCUCAGCCUGCUCCGCCUGCUGCGCCUCUCCAGACUCAUCCGCUACAUCCACCAGUGGGAGGAGGUAUUUCACAUGACCUACGACCUAGCCAGCGCCAUGGUGCGCAUCAUGAACCUGAUCGGGAUGAUGCUGCUGCUGUGCCACUGGGACGGGUGCCUCCAGUUCCUGGUGCCCAUGCUGCAGGACUUCCCCGCCGACUGCUGGGUCACCAGAAACAAGAUGGUGAACGAUACGUGGGGGCAGCAGUACUCGUACGCGCUGUUCAAGGCCAUGAGCCACAUGCUGUGCAUCGGCUACGGUCUCUACCCCCCCAUAGGCAUGGCCGACGUGUGGCUCACCAUCCUCAGCAUGAUCGUGGGCGCCACCUGCUUCGCCAUGUUCGUGGGGCACGCCACCGCGCUAAUUCAGUCGCUGGACUCAUCGCGGCGUCAGUACCAGGAGAAGUACAAACAGGUGGAGCAGUACAUGUCCUUCCACAAGCUUCCCGCCGGCAUGCGACAGAGGAUCCACGACUACUACGAACACCGCUACCAGGGCAAGAUGUUCGACGAGGAGAGCAUCCUGGAGGAGCUGAACGAGCCGCUGCGAGAGGAGAUCAUUAACUUCAAUUGCCGGAAGCUGGUGGCGUCCAUGCCUCUAUUUGCCAACGCUGACCCCAACUUUGUGACGUCGAUGCUGACCAAGCUCCGCUUUGAGGUGUUCCAGCCCGCCGACUACAUCAUCAGGGAGGGCACCAUUGGCCAGAAGAUGUACUUCAUCCAGCACGGGGUAGUCAGCGUCCUCACCAAGAACAGCCAGGACACCAAGCUCUCCGAUGGCUCCUACUUUGGAGAGAUCUGCCUGCUGACUCGAGGCAGAAGAACAGCCAGCGUGCGAGCCGAUAACUACUGCCGCCUGUACUCCCUGUCCGUGGACAACUUCAACGAGGUCCUGGAGGAGUACCCCAUGAUGAGGAGGGCCUUUGAAACCGUGGCUCUCGACCGCCUAGACCGCAUCGGUAAGAGAAACUCUGUGCUUCAAUCCAAAGUCCUGCACCACCAGAGCGCAGGCACCCUCAACCUGCAGGAGAAUGAGAUCAUCCAGAGGAUCGUCCAGCACGACCGAGACAUGGCCCAGUGCACCCAGCUCAUCCAGAAGGCCACCGCGGCCGCCCAGAGCCUCAGCACCCUCCCGGCCUCCCCCUCCCCCACCUCCGUGAUCUGGGCCCCGCUGCUCCAAGCCCCCCUUCAGGCUGCGGCGGCCACCACCCCCCUGGCCCUGGCGUUGGCCCACCACCCCCAGCUGCCCCCCAUCGUGUUCCACCACCCCAUUUUGCAGGGCUGCGCCUCCUUCGGGGACCCCUCGGGACCCCCCAGGAGGUACCUCACCGGCGCCAACGUGGCCGCUGCCGCCGUGGGCUCUGGGUCGCCCCCCAGGGUGAGCGCCUCGGUCCUGGCCUCCCUCGGGGUGCAGCAUCUCUCCGCGGUGGCCCCCACGUCGCCCACGCUCCCCUCUCGCCCCGCUUACACGUCCGGAUCUCAGGCCUUUACCCCUCUAUCGUCGCCUCUACCUCAGUCCAUCCACCAGGCCUAUCCCCACCACCCUCCGGCCCCUCAGUGCAGCAUGCCCUCAGCCUUCCCCGUCAGCCAGGCGUCCCUCUCGUCCAUCUCCUGCACCGCUCAGCUUCACCCCCAUCCCCGGCCCUCGGAUUCCUUCCACCUGCACGGCCCGCCAGGGAGGCUGCCGGGGAGGUUCCCCGCCCCCUCGACCCCCACCGUGACCCCGCUGAUGUCCGGCCCGGUCAGCCCCGUCCUGGGCCAGAUGCAGCACAGCCCUCACCACCAGCAGAGCUACCACGCCAGCGCUCCCCCGACGGCCGCCUGUCACGAGAGGGCGGCCAGCAGCACGUCCAGCGGUCCGAGCGUCUCUCCCUUCCCCAUCGUCACCAACGUGCAGGACGCCGCGGGUGGACACUGGGUGGCGGCAGAGCCACCGUUGGCCGGAUCUGGGAACGUGUACGGGGCCUCCGCCUCGCUGACGCACCAGGGUCUGACGGGCCUCCAGUCGGCCUUCCUGCCCCAGGUUCUCACGGAGCACUCGGCCCUCGCCUCGCUGGCCCAGUACGGCUCUAAGGAGGGGUCCCCCUGCUGCACGCCACCGGUCCCCAGUCCCAGCAUCCAGAGCCCCGUGAGGGCGAGGAACGGGCCCCCGGCGGAUUCCCCCUCCAGCCCCGCCAGCUCCUACGGCCCCCUGUUGACUCCUCAGACCUUAUCCCCCUCCUGGGUGGCCAGCGGCCCCAGAGAGAGACCAGAGUCCACUCUGGUGGAUCUCCACAGCCAGGAGAUAAAGACCAUCUCGGGCUCAUACCAGGGGGCUGUCGGUCCGAGCUCUUUUGCCGACGUGUCCGGGGGUCCGUCGUACAUUACCUUCUCUACAUCAGCAACAGCCAGCAAUAAAGCUCAGUUCAGCGGUCAGGCGAGCCCCGUGCGUGGAGCACUCUUGGAGCCCGGGGCCGAGCCACACAACCAGUACCUGGGGGUCCACCGGUCGCCCGAUCGCACGUCACCCUCAGAGACCAUAGAAAUAGAACACACACAUUCAAAACUGCCCUCCAACUUGUGA